AUAUCUUACACAGUACUUGACCUGACAUCUUUCUCAUGGAAUUAUACACUAUAUACUAUACUGUUUAUUUCCAAAUUAUGUCAAAUUGCAUUAUCCCUACUCAUUUAAUGAAAAUGACGAUAUUUGAAUUUGCGACAUGCUGCAAACUGUAGAUCACCGAAACCAAUAUGGCGUCGUCCAUGUCUACAACAGUUUUGUCACGUUUUGUCAGAAAAAUCCUUCCCGGCGAAUGUUUAAUUCAAAACAGAGUUUUUGGUUUGUCAACAAUUACUGCAAGAUACAGCUCCGGCAAGACUCAGCAUGACAAUCAAAUAGAAGACGAUGACAAGCCUAUCCCUUAUACAAGUAGUGGAGCUUUGAAAUGGACAGUUGAUGAAAGCCUUGGUAGUCGACAUCAACAACCCAAAUGGAGGGUGGCAUUGAUAAGUGUAACUCUUAGUGCAAUACUAAUUUGGGCUGCCUUUCGUGAAGAAACUGAAAUUGACAAAGAACUUGAGAAACCAUUAGAACAAAGAAUGGCUGAAUUACAAGCUGGCUUUAAUGCUGCGAAACGUAUACAAGAGAAGAGUGACAACACAUAAAUAAUUUGAUGUGCUACCAACUUGAACAUUUUUAACUUCCAUGUGAAAUGAAACCUUUCACAGUUUAACACAUUCACAGAUGACCAAAAUUGAUUGUGUGUGGUAAAUGUGACAUGCAACAUAGCUAUCAAGUACUCAGCAGUUCCAGACAAUAUUGCUGCUGGAUAUUCUGCAGUUCUAGGCAGUCGAAAUAUGAAGUUUGCUGCUGGGUACUAUGUAGUAUUAUGUAUUUCUCUUUUUGAGUGCCUUUUCCAUAUAUAGAAAACUGUCAGAAUCCAAAUUACACCUCUGUAAACUAAACAAAUUUUUGGUCUCAUAGACUGGUUUCCCUGUGAGACCACUACAAACUGAAUACUUCUGUAAACUGAACUCUACUAGUAUGAUAUGCUCAUGUUUAAGUAUUGUUGUAAAUGUAUAAAUUACUUAUUACAUACUGAUUUACUGUAUCAUGUCAAUAAUAAUCGAGUCUGUGUCUUUGUCUUCAAUACAAUUAUAUUCAACU